AUGAAAGGAUUAGGAUCCAUCGUCAAGUGGCCUGGCAAGCUCAAUCCCGAGGCAAGGAGAGACACAACCAAGUGGUAUGAUUUCCACAGUGACCAUAGGCACAACACCGCAGACUGUAUUGCCUUGCGGCUCGAGGUUGUUGCACUUCUGAAAAGGGGACAUCUCUGUGAUCUACUUACUGACAAAGGGAAGAACACCAUUAGCCAGAAAAGCUCCAAAGAACCAUCACCCCCUCCACGAGAACCCACACCGAAAGGUUUCUGUUCGCUUAUCUUCGGAGGAUCAAAGAUCAGUGGGGUAAUUCAGUUUGAAGAUGAUGAACCGGUCACCCUGGCCGCUCCUCAUCAUGAUGCUUUAGUGGUCUCCCUGCAGAUUGCCAACAUCCUAGUGAAAAGGGUUUUCGUAGAUGGAGGUUUGUCAGCAAACAUCCUGUUCCUCGAAGCAGUCAAGGUAAUGGGACUAGAAGAAGCAAACAUCAACAGGCGACCGACACUGCUGGUUAGGUUCAGUUCGGAGCAGAAAUACUCUAUCGGAGAGAUCGUCCUUCCCAUCUAUGCUAGCAGAGUAAACAAACAGACCGUCUUCCUGGUGAUCGACUGCCCAUCUCCCUAUAACGUCAUUUUGGGCCAGCCCUAG